AUGCAUGUGUGGCACAUUGACAAAAAAAAAAGAUACAAAAGCACUUUCUAAAUAUUAAUCUAACCAUUGAGUCCAGACGGUCAAACUGAAGAGGGACGCUGUUGCUAUGACAACACAAACAAGAAACAAGAAACAACACCGAUAUCCCUGGAGCUGAAUCACAGACCAAAGGAGUUUUCUGGUUGUAUUUUGUUCAAAAAGAUGAUUCCACCAGCCGAAUCUCUGCUCAAAUACGACAAUCCAGUUUUGAUCAGCAAAAGCACUGACAGAAAAUCCCCAAAGGGGCGACCUUUAAAAGUGAGUCCACAGCAGGUGGGGGAACAGUCUACCCCUGUUCCAACACCUCCAAAAUCAAAGCCCACCUCUACUGACACCAACAAGCAGGAACAUGAGGAGAUCCUAAACGCCAUCCUUCCACCCAGGGAAUGGACUGAAGGAACCCAGCUGUGGGUGCAGCAAGUGUCCAGUGCACCUUGUACAAGAACAGAUGUUAUUCACCUAGAGGAGCUGCUGGACACAAAGCUGCAACAAAGGCAGGCCAGACAGACAGGAAUCUGCCCUGUCCGCAGGGAGCUCUAUUCUCAGUGCUUUGAUGAGCUCAUCAGACAGGUGACCAUCAACUGUGCUGAGAGGGGCCUGCUGCUCUUGCGGGUCAGAGAUGAGAUUCAAAUGUCUAUUGCUGCCUACCAGACUCUGUAUGAAAGCAGUGUGGCCUUCGGUAUGAGGAAAGCCCUUCAGUCAGAGCAGGGAAAGGUGGACAUGGAGAAAAAAAUUACUGAUCUUGACGAUGAGAAACUGGAGCUGAAGAAGCAACUGAACGAACUCAAGUCUCAAUGUGAUGCCAUUGAAAAACGAGAAAUUGAAAGGCGACAGAUUGAAGAAAAGAAGCACGUGGAAGAGAUCCAGUUCCUCAAGAGAACCAACCUGCAGCUCAAGACCCAACUGGAAUUGAUCCUCACACCAAAGAAGUAACACCACCAUCAAUAACAGAGUGGCCAUUUGACUGCACACAAUGUGACAUUUGUCUUGUUUCUAAAUAUCUAUCAAUGUAAAUUCCACACAGUGUAAUCAGAAAGAGUUUCAUUUAUUCCAACAGCAUGACAUGACAAGUACAGCUCAAGUACUGUACACAUCUCUUGAACAUCAAGAGAGCAUCACACGUGUUUAUGAUGAAUGCAAAGUCAUUCAAACACCGUUCUUGGUUGAAGGGGAGAAAAAGCUGAGAAGGCAGUUUUUGUUCUGAGAGGGACACGCGGUCAGGAGAAGGCAUCAAGUGGCUACUUGAUAAAACUCUUUAUACACACCUGUUAUAAGUCCACCGUCUUUCAACUCCUUGAUUCCAUUAAUAAGUCAUUUUUUUGGGCUAAUAUAAAUAAAAGAAUCAUUACAUGUUCCCUUUAAAGACUUCUCUCUAGUGCUUCGAUCUUUUAGCCUUGUGGCCCUCUGUGGAUGAAGCCGGGGCCUUUCUGUUCUUGUUGUUUUUCACGUUGUGCAUUUCAUAAUAACCAACUUUCUUUGCUUUCUUUCGGUCCAUCGCUCUUCUCUGUGAAGACAGAUAUAGCAGAACCAAAAAAAUUAUUCCGUUAAAAAAUUUAAUCAGAGCGUUUCAUUUAAAAAACAAAAAAACCUAUUACAUCAGUUAGAUGAAUAGACAUUAAUCUUGUCCAGGCAGAGCGAUCUGUUUGACAUCAGAGAGAGCAAACACUGCAUACCUGUUUGGAUGUCAGUUUGCGCGCCUGGGUGGACUCCUCGUCAUCCCCGGCUCUCCCCUUCUUCUGGUUUGCAGCUGAAGUCAAACAGAAGAUUAACAGAUCUGAGUGCCUGGGUGAUUUUAAAGUCAACUUGACCUGGUUGUGUAACUCCAGGUUAAACUCUGGGAAAUGCACCAUCAUACCAGAGAGUUGGCAUGCGUGGGUUUUUGUUAACGUAGUUCUGAGAAAUGGUGCAAUAUUUUUUGUGAAUAAAUGAUUUGACAUUCAGCACCAUACAAGGUCUUGAGCACAUCCCUGGA